GAUGUUUGAUGUUGGAGGUCAGCGGUCAGAGAGGAAGAAGUGGAUCCACUGCUUUGAGACCGUCACAGCCAUCAUCUUCUGUGUAGCCAUGAGCGCUUAUGACCUGGUUCUGGCUGAAGAUGAGGAGAUGAACCGGAUGCAUGAGAGCAUGAAGCUGUUUGACUCGAUCUGCAACAACAAGUGGUUCAUGGAGACCUCCAUCAUCCUGUUCCUCAACAAGAAGGACCUGUUUGAGCAGAAGAUCACCCAAAGCCCUCUGACCAUCUGCUUCCCUGAGUACACUGGUACUGUCUGAACUGCUCAGUACAAAUAUGAAAAGGAGUUGUUGUUGUUUUUUAUAACUCGUGAAAG